AUGCCAGAUCGGAUGAAACUGUUGUAUAAAAUAUGGAAAAAGGAUAUAGCAAAUGUGCAAUUAAAAAAUGAAUACCUCAGGUAUACCAAAAUUCAUGAUAAGGUUGAUGCGAAAAUCAAAUAUGACAAGACCUUAGUUGAAAAUAGUGUAGGUAACACAAAGAUUGUGAACAAGUUGGAAAUAGCAGAUAGUAUGAAUAAGUAUUUUUGUAAAAUAGGUCAAAAAUUAAGUGCUAAGAUUGAUAAACCGUUGCAAACUGCAACAAAAAUGCCAGUAAUGAACUGUAAAACUAUUUUCCUGAAUCCAAUUAACUCUGAUGAAGUUAUUAAUAUUAUAAACAACAUGAAAUUCAAAAAUUGUGGUGUUGAUAAAAUCAACACUAAAACUAUAAAAACUAUGGCUAGACAUAUUGUAGAACCACUAGUGCAUAUUUUUAAUUUAAGUAUAGAUACAGCUAUUUGGCCAAAUUCACUAAAAAUGCUGAGAUUAAGAAAAACAGGCACGAAAAACGCCCUUAAUUACCUAACUAAUACUUUGUACAAUAACUUGAAUGCAAGUAUACCAACGAUAGUCACGUUUUUACAUCUUGCUAAAGCUUUUGACACGGUUGAUCAUGUAUUAUUGAUUGAGAAGCUAUAUCACAUAGGAAUCAGAGGUCAAGCUCUAGACCUACUGAAAAGUUACCUAAACAACAGGCAUCAGAAAUUUAGAAUUAAUAAUGUUGAAGCCGAUAACUUGACAAUCAACAGAUGA